AUCUCAGCAUUUAGAUAUGAACUGGCGCAUCGGCUUUUCUCGCAGCGAGCCGAACAGGAACAGCUGAUUCAUUUGGUUUCGGUCGCAGGUGACGACCAACCGAAGUCUGAGUCUGACAAGGAGGGUCGGGUCGUCCUCGUCCAGGGCUUCUGGAAGCCAGCAAGGAGACAGCGAGGAAAGAAAAAUAAUGCCCGCGAGUGAGAACUGGGAAGAGACAACAGAGCGAUAGAUAGAGGUUGGAUUAGUGGGAAGAAGCUGCGACUUUUCAUUAUUGGGAUCUCCGGAAAGGUGGGUGGCGGGGGUAGGAGAGAACCAUCGCUGGGACUGAAAGGGAGAUUUUAUUUCAUUUUUUUUCUUUUUUCUGGGGUUCUUCAAGAGGUCAUUUUCUGAGAGGAUUGGCGAAUUCCGCCGGAGGAAUUCACUCCAUUUCCUUCCAGGAGAUUGUGUUGCUUUGGUUCCGGAUUAAAAGCGGGCAAAAUUUUGAUUCCCGUGAGAGAUUUAGACUUAAUUCCUGCAGAAAUCGGAAGCAGAAUUCGGGGAAAAAGCGGCAGAUUUUGUAGAGAGAACGCUUCAUUUGGGUGACAAUUCGAGCCAUCUCCCGCUGAUACCCUCUAGACCUAAAAAGUUGAUGAGAUCGUAUAGAUAGAUAGAUAGAUAGAUAGAUAGAUUGAGAUCUGUAAUGGGGAAAGGAGGAGGUUGCGUACCGAGCAAGAAGCGGCAGCCGGCCGUGGCAACCGGCAACACUUUGGCGGCGGGGGACGCUCCCAUCACCGCCGAUCAGAAGAGCCCCGCGAGCAGCACCGAUGCCGCCGAAACUCCCGCGGCUGCGGCUGCUGCUCCGGCGUCGGAUCUGAAGCUGAAGGUGUUCAUCGUGUUCUACUCCAUGUACGGGCACGUUGAGGCCCUGGCGAGGCGGAUGAAGAAGGGCGCGGAGAGCAUCGAGGGGGUGGAGGCCGCCCUCUACCGCGUCGCCGAGACGCUCCCUGCGGAGGUGCUGGAGCAGAUGAAGGCGCCCCCCAAGGAUCCGCAGAUCCCGGUCAUCACCGCGCCGGAGCUGGUGGAGGCCGACGGGCUGCUCUUCGGCUUCCCCACGCGCUUCGGGGCGAUGGCCGCGCAGAUGAAGGCCUUCUUCGAUUCCACCGGGCAGCUCUGGAGGGAGCAGAAGCUGGCCGGCAAGCCUGCCGGUUUCUUCGUCAGCACCGGCACCCAGGGAGGAGGACAGGAAACCACUGCUUGGACUGCAAUCACCCAAUUAGCCCACCAUGGAAUGCUCUUUGUUCCGAUUGGUUAUACCUUUGGAGCGGGAAUGUUCAAGAUGGACGACAUUAGAGGAGGUUCUCCAUACGGUGCCGGAGUUUUUGCUGGUGAUGGCUCAAGGCAACCUAGCGAGACGGAGCUCUCUCUUGCUGAGCACCAGGGCAAGUAUAUGGCCUCUAUUGUCAAGAGGCUGGCUCAUUCUUAAGCGAAAAGGUCGCCUAUCUCUGUCAUAUCCCGUUUGCGCCAAAUUUCAUCAUUAUUUCAUUCUGGCCCUUUAGAUUAAAUAUAUUCAUUGUGUGGUUCCUCUUUUAUCAGCAUCUGUUUGUCCUAGCUUUGCACCUGCUAUCCGUCCUAUUUAUCUGUUUAUUCCAGAGACUCUGUCAGGAUUAUUUGUACAUGACUUACAACAAUUGCUUCAGGAAGUUGGUAAUAAGUAUGGCAAAUCUGCUGGUUCCUUGCAUUCCUUUUUGUGUAUAUUUAUUUGAAUAUUAUUUUUUGUUGUCCGAUUUUUCAGUCUGAGGUGCGGCAGCCAAUAUAAAAGGUAACUUGGGUGAAA